UUAGUUUUGUUUUACAUGCGGCAACACCGCUUGUGAUGUACAAAGACGAUUAAAAAAGUGUCGAUAGGUCAAUAUUCUGCAGAAAUUAGCCAGAAUCUUCAGGACCGAUGGCUGCGAUACGCAAAAAGCUAGUGAUUGUCGGUGACGGUGCGUGCGGUAAAACAUGCCUCUUGAUCGUAUUCAGCAAGGAUCAGUUUCCGGAAGUGUAUGUGCCGACAGUAUUUGAGAAUUACGUCGCCGACAUAGAAGUGGAUGGCAAACAAGUGGAGUUAGCAUUGUGGGAUACGGCGGGCCAGGAGGAUUACGACCGAUUGCGCCCCCUCUCGUAUCCAGACACCGAUGUAAUCCUGAUGUGUUUCUCGGUAGAUUCCCCCGAUUCUCUUGAAAAUAUCCCAGAGAAGUGGACACCCGAAGUCAAGCACUUCUGCCCCAACGUGCCUAUUAUCCUGGUGGGUAACAAGAAGGAUCUGCGCAAUGACCCGGCCACCAUCAAUGAGCUCCGCAAGAUGAAGCAGGAGCCGGUGAAGCCGCAGGAGGGCCGCGCCAUGGCAGAGAAGAUCAACGCGUUCGCGUAUCUCGAGUGUUCCGCUAAGAGCAAGGAGGGUGUCCGUGAGGUGUUCGAAACGGCGACCCGUGCCGCGUUACAAGUCAAGAAGAAGAAGAAGACCAGGUGUUCUCUGCUGUAAUUGUGCUGUUGUCGGAGGGACUCUGAUUUAUGAAUUGUUCGCAUACUGCCUGUAAACUUACGUUUGAAACGACUCGAACUGUGCAGCAGUGGCGACGCCGGCCACACAGUGCUUCCUUCCGAUACUGACAGCUGACGCCAGCGGCGGCCCGCGCAGCACGCACAUCCACUCAGUAUUCGUGUGGCUAUACUUUCACAAUUGGUACUUGUAUAUUUUAUAGAAUAUCUAUAAAGAGUAAGCGUAAUUGCCUUAACAGAUGCCUCCGGGGCGAGCAAGCCGUGGGGAACUCUUGCCCCGGUGCGCCAACUGGAAUUUUUAGUGCUAUAUUAUCAUGUUAUAUAAUCGAAUAGCAUUUCCUCAGGAUAUAGAUUUAGCCUGGACCGAUAUCACCGAGACUUAAAUUCGGUAUUUUGUAUUUUAAUUUUUCAAUAAAAUAGUGAUGUAUAAAUUGUAGGAUGUUUAUUUGACAUGGAGCACGAGCCCCAAUCUGACUCAUCAAGUGCCUGUCGGCCAGGUCGGGCGCGUCUCGGACACGUCCAUCUCUUAUUGAAUUAGGGCAGUUUUAUUGUAAUCUAUUGUUUGUGUAAAAUUUUAUCUUCCAAAUGAUUACAUUGCAUGCUAAUAUAAUUUAUUAGUAAUAAAGGAACCCCAUGUUUUAACUAUUCUUUUCUAGACUUUUUGACUUUUAUAAAAUUUAAUACAGCAUUUAUAAAUCAAAGGUAUCAAUGGGGAAAAUAUUUAAGUGGAA